UUUAUAAUUUAUUUCAUUUUCAUUAACAUUUAAUUAACUUUGCAUCAUUAAUUUACUUUCAAUUAACAAUCAAAAUGGACAUCCAAACUUUGAAAAAAUCUAGAGCAAGCUUCAAAUCGAAAUUAACAGUGUUUAAAAAAUUUCUAGAUACAUUAUUACCUAGCAAAACUAUAAAUAGUGUACAGGCCCAUGAAUUAACCAUAAGAAAUGGGAAAAUGCAAGAAAUGUACAAUGAUUUUGACUCGGUACAGAAUGAUAUAGAAGGAUUAACCGACAUUCCAGAUGACGAGUAUGCAGAACGAGCUGCCUUCGAGAACAGCUACUUCAGCGCCAUGGCUGUUGCGCAGGAUUUGCUCAGCAGGCAUGCCGCUGUUAAUGCUGCUACUGCUGCGGGCAAUGACAGUGCAUCGGUGUCGGGCUCAGGUGUUAUUGGAUAUUCAGAACUCCAAUCCCGCAGCAAGUGGCGCACGCGAGGAACGCAACCGCAAUUAGGAGAAAUGGUCGUCGUGAAGGAUGAUCGCCUUCCACCAAACCGAUGGCUGAUUGGAAGGAUCACUGGCGUCCACCCUGGCAGCGACGGUGUCAACCGCGUCGCUGACGUCCUCACCACAACCGGGACGCUGCGCAGAGCCUACAACCGCCUCUGCCCACUACCUGCUGCGUUGGACCAGGAUGCUCCUGACCCAAGGGGGGCAGCCUGUCUACGCCAUAUUUAAAAAGUGGCAACAUUGCCACAGAGCAGCGACAGUGCACUGUCAUCGCUGCUCUCGCGCCGACGGCCGACCGGCCGGCGGUCGUCGGCGCCAUCUUUUACUUCACUUCAAUUUCAACAUUCAACCUUACAACAAGCACGCGAUCAAGUAAGAUCUUUCAAUGAUUCUUCACGAACCUGCAUCGACAGUAGGCGCUGU